AUGGUUCACCUCACGCUUCUCGCUCUCUGCACGAUCCUCGGCCUUGCGUCGGCCCAACCCAAGUACGGCUGGUGCGGCAAUGGCGCCGACUUUUGCAACAACAACAACAACGUGUGCGGGUCUGCGCCGCCGUCGAGCUCGACGUGCCCGAAUGCGCCGCGUGCCGACGGUCGUUGCGGCCCCGAGUUUAGCAACGCCGACUGCAACAAGAACUCGGCGUAUCCGUGCUGCAGCAAGUACGGCUGGUGCGGCAACGGCGCUGGCUUUUGCGACUCGGGCGUCUGCGGCUCGUCCAACGGCCCGAGCCUGACCGUGGCGCCAACCAACCCCCCGAGCGGCGUGCCCAUCAUCGUCAACCUCGCCGUGCCGGACCACGUCGGUGUCGACUGCCCCGGCAUCCAGUCGCGCUGGCCCGCGGGCACAGUGUUUUGCGGGUCGCCCAAGCCGCCGGGCGCGGGCUGGGCGCCGUCGUGCGACCAAAAGAUGACGAUUUCGUACCAGGGCAAGGCGUCGACGUGCGUCAUUUCGUUCCAGGCGUCGGGCGUCGGUAUCACCAACGGUGCCUACGUCGAGAUCGUGCCGACGGGGUACAUGCAAUUGACGGGCGCUUCGUACGGCGGCCAGUUUCCUGCCACGUGCACGGGCACGUGCAACGUUGCGCGCAACUAA